AUGGACUUCUCACCCAGACCUGGUUGUCCUAUCUGUAGCAUUGUUUCUGAAGCCAGCCAAAUCAGAGAUCCUUCUACCAAUCCUCCCAAGGUUCUCUGGCAAGACGAUUCCCUCACUGCUUACCUUGAGCAAGUCCAUCCAGUUUCGUCUCAAGGCCAUGUAAUCAUCGCUCUGAACUUGCACGUACCUUCAAUCUACACCCUCUCAUCAACAGACCUUCCUCUCCUCGUCAACAUCAGAAACAUCGCACAGCGCCUCCUCGGAACCCUCAACACAGGCUCCCAAUCAAACCCACAAUACAACGUCGGAUUUAUCAACCCACCUUUCAAAGAUACCAAGAUACCCGUAACAGACCACUUACAUUGCCACGCUUACGUCGGUCCUGCAAACCUCACGGGGUGGUGGAGAGGGAUAGCCUAUAGCUCGAUUGCGUGGUAUCCCAUUGACGAUCUCAUUGCUGAAAUUAGGGAAACCGUAUCCAAUAACCGUGUCAAAUCUGGCUGCCAUCGCAAAGCACCGAUUGACGACGUUCCACAAGCUGGUUCGCGCUCGGGAACGGCGGAUGGGAAAGAAACUUCCCUGCCUUCGGUUGCGGUAGAUGACGAUUUGGAGCAAGGGACGUAA